UCUCCAGUCCAAUUUCUCUCCGACCCUCCAAAGUCUAAACAUCUCUCUCUCUCUGAGAACGGAGGUAAAGGAAAACAUGGGCAGAAGCGAACUCUACAUAACUGUACCCAAUCUCUUCCGGUGCCCGAUAUCUCUCGACGUAAUGAAGUCUCCCGUAAGUCUCUGCACCGGCGUCACAUACGAUCGCUCCAGUAUCCAGCACUGGCUUGACUCCGGCCACGACACCUGUCCCGCCACCAUGCAGGUCCUCGCCACCAAGGACUACGUUCCUAAUCUCACUCUCCAUCGUCUUAUAAACCUCUGGGCCCAAUCCUCCACUCGCCGCCCUGACUCCAGCCACUCUACGCCGACGGCGACCCCCGUCUCGGACCAGCAAGUUGAGAUUUGGAUUGAGGACGUUAAGAGGCAACGUGUGGAGUCUCUGGUUAAAAUUGUGGAUUUUCUGAGCUAUUCAGAGGAUAAUAGAAGGUUUCUGGUCCGAUUUGAUGAUCUGAUGGAGGCAAUUGUCGUUGUUUUGAGUACAGACGGAGUAGAGAUUCAGAUUUUGGAGUUGAUUGUUCGGGUUUUGGAUUUGAUUUUGCUUCAAAAUGGAGUCAGGGAGAAACUGCACAGCUCAGUCCUCAAAAGCAAUCAAAAUUGCUUGUCUUCGUUUCUUUCCAUUAUCCAAAAUGGAAAAUCUCAAUCGAAAAUCCAAGCCGUUAAAGUUCUGGAGUCAAUUUCGACGAAUAACGAAUCGAAACGCUUAGUCGCAGAAACACAAAAUCUCAUGCCAGUCCUUUUCCAUCUCCUCAAAACAGAAAACGAUCAGGCCCUGCACGAAGCAGUUUCGUCUCUCUUGAUCUCUAUCGCCAUAACUCGUUCAAUCAAGAAUCACUUUGUGCAACUCGGACUCGUUCAAGUCCUAUCUAAAACACUCUCCGACAAAAACACAGCCGUUUCACUCGUAGAGAAGUCCUUAACGCUGUCAUCUAUCAUUUCUACAUGCGCUGAUGGUCGAAAAGCAAUAAGCGAGGACCCAAAAUGCGCAGGAUCUAUAGUAGAGAGAUUAAUGAAGGUGUCAAAAACGGCGACGGAGGAUGCCGUAGUGGUGCUAUGGAGUUUGUGCUGUUUGUUCAGGGACGGGAGGGUGCAGGAGAAGGUAAUGAGGAGCAAUGGGUUGACAAAGUUGUUGGUGGUGAUGCAGAGUGAAGGUGAAGGGAACGUGAGGAGGAUGUGUGCGGAUUUGGUGAAAGUUUUGAGAGUAGGGUACAAAGAUGGUUGGAAGGUGAUGAGCUAUGAAACAAAAACGACACAUAUCAUGCCGUAUUAGAUUUGAAAUUGGGUACAGUUCAAUAGUUUAGAUUCUUAAGAUUUUAGGAAGGAUGUGAUUUGGGAGUUUUGUUGACAUUAACGCACACAAGGGAUACAAGAAAGGAAAUUCUUUUUCUAAUUUUUUUCUCCUUUAUUUUAGUGUUACAACUUAGAAACGACUUUGUAACUUUACAGAAUUUUAAUGCAACAAUACAAGUUCAUUUGGAA